AGAGAAGAAGAACUCCUCCUAGACCAGGAAGUGAGACAGUCGGUAUCAUAACAAAACAAGAGUAGCCUGUUCGUCAGCUGAAAAUAAGAUUUCUUUGAGCAGCUGGACUCAUAUUCGUCUUGCCAUGGAUGAUAUGAUCUUCAAUUUAAGGUUCACUUCUAAGCAGCUUGAGAGACUUGCUAAGAAAGCAGAGAAGGAGUCUGAAAAGGAGCAGGCCAAGGUUAAGAAGGCUUUGCAACAGAAAAAUGUGGAAGUUGCCAGAGUCUAUGCAGAGAACGCUAUCCGGAAAAAAAAUGAAGGUCUCAACUGGCUGCGCAUGGCGUCACGAGUGGACGCGGUGUCCUCCAAAGUCCAGACUGCAGUCACAAUGAAAGCAGUUUCCAAAAGCAUGGGCCAGGUGACCAAGUCCCUGGACAAGGCUCUUAAGUCCAUGGACCUCCAAAAGAUCUCUGCUGUCAUGGAUAAGUUUGAAAGCCAGGUGGAAAACCUUGACGUUCACACCUCGGUGAUGGAUGACUCCAUGAGCUCAGCGACUACACUGACCACACCUCAGAACCAGGUGGAUGACCUGAUCCACCAGAUAGCAGAGGAGAGCGGUCUGGAGGUGAUGGACCAGCUCAGCCAGCUGCCUGCAGGGGCCACCUCAGUGGGAGCUGAGAGCUCACGGAGCAACGAAAAGGAGGACCAGCUGUCUCGACGGUUGGCUGCUUUGCGGAACUGAGGGCUCCUCCGGGAGAGGUGACCGCCGCCUACAGCUGUGUGUAAGCAGAUGGGCUUAAUGAUGGCAACACGAGCUGUGUGUGUUUCUAUUGAACUGUUCCUACCGGGAGGACUUAACGAGCCUAUUGAUUACCAUCCCCCCUGCUCUAUAAAUAGACACAUCGGCCUGAAAUACCAACUGAGAGGGCUUGAAUCUCACCCAGGUUCACCUUCUUAUUUCGAUCCAUCUAUUCCUGUCCCUUCCUUUCCCCUCUAAUUCCCCCUUGCAUCUCAUUUUACCUUCCCUCUCCCUCCCUCCUUUUUUUAUCCCUUCUUCUCUGCCACUUUUUUCUACUCCUUGGCUCUGAUAUCACACUCUUAUGGAUGUAUGCUAUGUAAACAAAAAGAAACCAAUCUUAUAAAUUGUAUGAUGUAUAAUAAUAAAAAGUUUUAUUAGGCAGUUAUACACUGCAGUCGAUCAUAAGGGGCAGGGUGGGUUGAAGAUGUGUCUACAUGUUGUUUCUAUAGUUUUCAGACUUUGUCAGCACGGGGGGCUUUGAUUGGGUGAUUCUGAUUUAAGGAGCGAGACAUUUAAUCGUAAAUCAGUUCUGGCUUGAGCAAUUUAGGCUCAACUUGUAUUUAAGUAACACUAAUGCUAAACUCACACUAAUGUAUGUUCAUUUAUGAACACAGAAGAACUUUUGGUACGUUUAUGGCUGACAUCCACACAUCACGAGUGUGACCUCCAAGUGGCCCUAAAACUGCAGCUUUUGAAAAUGAUGGUGAGCUUUAAAUUUGCAAACUGAGAAACAAAACUGGAAACAAACAGAUAUGCUGGCUGAUUGGUCUUUUCAGACAUGCCGCUAUCAUAUGGGCCUUUACUGAUAGAAAAAUAAACCUUUUUACAUGCUGCGGUUAUCUGAACAGUAAGAAGUAAUAGUCGGCGCUGCUGCAUUGUGUUGCGAUUGAAUUUUGCAUAAAUGUGCAGGAGGCAAGCUGACAUUUGCGUGGCCUGUUUUGUGUUCCUGUUUACACCGGCAUGCACAUGAAUGGUCAGGUGAAAUGGCUUUCAGAGAAUAGUUAUGAUACUUUGCUAAAACAAAUUUUGGAUGGAGCUCAAUGUGAUUUAAAUUACUGUCACAGUAGUCUGGAGGUAGGGGUCUCCUUUCCUUCUCAGAAUCAUCCCAGUUAAAGCCGCUUCAUGUUCUUUCACUCUAAAACAUCAAAGGACACUCUUCAAACCGGGUGGGCCCCCGUGUCAAAAUGGUUGUUUUGGUGUUCUUCUUUCUGUUUAUUCAGAUUUGUUUUGUUUUUUGCCUGUAUUCAUUUUUUAGUUGUUGCUUGGAAUGCCUUAUUUGGGAUGAAGGUGAUUGUAAAGGUGCUUCCCUCUUCAGUGCCUGAAGGAUUGUAGAUAAGAAAGUGAACAGCAGUGAAACGAGACUCCACAGACAUCAGUCAGACAAAAAUCGGUUUCAGUUCGUCUUCCUGCCAGACGAGCUGUAGAUGUUUUGAGCUUCGUCUUAACCAGCAUCACUGACAUUGAUAAGUGUGAGCUCAGGUUGCCGUUGCAGUCAGGAGGACAUGAUCUUAAUCAUAACAUUACAUUAUCUCUUUGAAUUUGCAUCGUGUGGAGUUGUUUGAUCUCUUUUUGUUGUUGUUGUUGUGUUUGAUUUAAAUUAAGGUGUUGAAGAUCUCCCAUACCAACCCGGAAACCUCAUGCAGAUAUUUUUGGAAACUUCUCUGUGUCCAAAUAAUUUAAUCUUCCUCAAGUGUCUCGUUCUAUCAGGAGGACACUUCAGUGUAUCUUUAGCAGGGAUAAACAUGCUGGACAGUUUUUUCUAAUAUGACAACAAGAGGGAGUUCAUGCCCCUUGUUGUUAUUACCCACAGGUUUUGCUUAAAACGUCUAUCAGUCAUGUUUGACAGAAAUGCAGAAGAUGUGAUUUGCAUAAAUAGCAGGUGAUAUUUAAAGAUAGUGGAAUAAAAUGUAUAAUGGGGGCUGCAUGAGCUCACUAAAAGCUGGUUCCAUUUGUUUCUUCCUUUUUUUAAAUCCAGUCUCUGCAUUGAGUUACAAGUGCUGGCAUAGAUGUUAAAGUUCAGAUAGGCUGUAGUCACACAUCCUCUUGUAACGGGUCAGCGUCACCCUCUGACAAUGUUCCAGGUUUUUUUUUUUUUUUUUUGUCCAUUUUAAUCACAAAGAGGGUUUAUUUAAACUCAGAGUUCAGCAGAACUUUGCAGCACUUCUGUUUUGUAUAUUAACCUUGUGAAAAUAAAAGCUUGCCCUCUGAUG